AUGGAUAGAAGAUCGGACUUGGAGGCCACGUCUAGGUCGAUAUCCCAACGCCUUGAUGCGCUCAUUGGUACUGAGGAAGAGGUAAGCAUCCGAAGACAAAUGAUCCUCUUUACAGAUUAUCUCCUCAGUGGAGACAGUGACUACUCCCAUACUAUAUCUACUGGGAGUUUCGCUGACGGAUUUUCCAUUCCUGGAUCAGAUACGGAUAUGAUGUGUGUCGUGCGAAAUGUGAAGGUAAUAUGUCCAAGGACUUAUACCGCAUCACCUCCAGGCAGAAACGAAACCAAUUCCAUCUUGGUAAUGAGAAACGUGGAUGGCAGACCAGGAUAUGUGACGUUGGAACUCGCACAUCGUGAACACCCGACGGAGGCAUUGAAAAGUGCCAUGGUUCUUAAAGAAGGUGUUAUAAUGAUUUCAAGCGAUAUGUAUCGACAGUACCUAGUUGAUUUCUCAAGCAAGCAAGAAGGAUUAUCUCUUAUAUCAAACGGACCAUGUCAGUCAUUUCAGAAUGACAGUGUUCACAUUAAUUUUGAUAUAGCAGAGUCAUUUGCAUGCCAUGUAUGGCCGGAAGUAGCCGAAGAAUGGAAACAACGACCAAAAACUCACGGAUGGCCCGAUUCAAUCAUAACUGACAAAAUUAUUCAGGGUGGCUGCCAUAUUCUUCCUGUUGGAGAUAAGACUUCACCGGAUACAUUUCUACAAUGGAGAAUAUCGUUUGUUACAGCAGAAAGAUUGCUAGUACAUUCAUUCAGACACUUACAGUUUAAGGUGUAUGGAUUACUUAAAUAUUUUCUGAAAGACGUUCGGAAACAUCUAUGUUCCGUUGGUGUCAAUGAUGAUAUUGUAACUUCGUACUUUAUGAAAACUCUGAUCUUCCAUGUAUUAGAAACAACACCAAAAACCUUAUGGCAAGACAAAAACACUUUAGUUUGUUUUCUUGUCUGCUUGAGAGUUCUGAUAGACUGGCUAAGAUCCGGAUAUUGUCCCCAUUAUUUUAUCCCAACCAACAACUUGUUCAAAAGGCACAUACAUGGCGACAACAGAAGAAAACUUCUUGAUAUAGUGGUAGAUUUCCAUGACCGACAAUAUUUAUCGUUUCUUCAUAAAAUAUGUCCCGGUAUUCAAGACUCCGUUGCUUCAGAUUAUCUACGUCUGGAAUGUAACCGUGAUCAAACACUGUUUAGAGAAUGCAGUCACUGUAUUGAUUUUAUCGGUGGAGAUCCUAAGAGGAUCAACAAAUCGAAUAAGAUUCUGAUGGCCGCUCAGUCAGAAGCUAGUGUUUUCGGAGCAUUCUACGCAACAACUUACAUGUUGUCAAGUACAGCUAGGCGUACGUUUCCCAUGCACGCCAAUCUUCCAAACAAUAAAACAAAGUACGCUGUUUUGAGGAUGUGCAAGACCUUCCUGUUAUAUUAUGACUUGAUAUGUUCUGCACCUUUGCAGCUUGCAACCCUUUUCUUCCUGUUGGGGAAUUUUAGAAAAUCGUUGUCACUUUGUGAAGACACAAUAUCCUCGCAUAAAGACACGAUUUGUAUGAGUUCAGAAAAAGACUUAGCAAAAUAUAAACAGUUAUACUGUGGAAAAAGCUACUCAUUGCUUCAGAAAUUUAAAGUCAAGAGGUCCGUUGCCAUAUUUCGUAGAGGCAUGUUGGAAUUUUCCUUGCCACAUAUAAGACCAGAGAUCAAACAAAAUCCGUUCGGUAUUCUUAUUCCUCAACUUCCCUAUGCUGUGUUUCUCGGGUUUCUUUGCUAUCAUGAGCUAGGAAUGAUCUCCAAACGCGACGACGCACUACAUAAGCUCAUUGUCAUAAAAUACGACGACGAACAAGGAGGAGACCUGCAUUGGAUUGUAUAUACAUUAUUAGGUAUCUGCUACCAGAUUCUUAGUGACAAUCGACGCGCAGUCAGAUGUUUCUUAGAUUCCUACAGAGUACAGAAAGAAUUCAAUCCUGCUCUAGAGAGGGUGAAGUUGCUUCGCAACUCAUUUUAA